AAAGAAUAUACAUGUAGUUAUACCAAAGAAGUCUUAGAAUAUUCCAAUUUUAUUAACGAAUUCUCUAGAGAAACUGAAACUCUUUUAGAAUCUUUUAUUCAAGACGAAUUCUCAACUCAGCAACCAAUAGAAGAACAGAAAUUUGAACUAGUGAUAAAUAGACUUUCAAACGCGGUCCACUUGUCUCGUGGAAUUUCCGCUUGUCUUUCACGGGUAUCCAGCAGAGUGGAAGAGGGAGACACCAAAUACUUGAGAUCACUGCCUUAUUGGACAGAAAUAACGAAGCCUACCAUCCGAAUUUACUGCGACGCGUCUGAGGACGAACUGCUAAGUGACACUCGGGUGACCGUCGAAUCAGCGGACUUUAAUCAUCUGUUUCAGUUUUAUUUGUGCCAUUUUGGAUAUCCUGCAACUUUCCAACUGGAUUCACUGGAAUUUCCUAAAAUAUUCUUGCGGUCGCUGCGGUGGUUUUCAGUCCCACUUACUGUUCUGGGAAAGUUUUUGGAGAUCUAUAAAGUUCCUAAAUUUUUUCGCAGUGAAGUCUCUUCAGUAAAAAAGUUGAAAAUGUCGCUCUGCAUGGGUCUGCGCUUCUGGCUUCAGCAGGAAAUUGAUGAUUUUUAUGAAAACUGUUCAGGAAAGAUUUCAUUAAAUUUACUGAUGUACGAAUUGCUGAAAGAGUUUUUUAAACUUUUAAAAUACGACGAAUCGUUUGAACUUUCCUUAAAAAUGAGAGAAUUACUUAAAAGAAGUCUUGAAAGAAUAGAAGAAUCGGAAAAUAUGAAGUUGGCGCUUCUGCAUAAAAAAGCGUAUCCGCAGCCUCCGCCUGUCGAGCCCGCCUACGACAGUUGCAUUAAUUUGCUGCCGUUAAAAGCGCUAGCUGACCAAUUAACGCUUCUUGAGUUCGAAAUUCUUUCCAACAUAAGUUUAAAAACGUUACGGGAGAAGAAAUGGGUGGAAAAUUGUCCGGAUUGCCCAGUUUACCGAAUGAUCGGCCACUUCAACAAUACAUCCUACUGGGUGGUGCAUUCGAUUCUUUCCUUCCACAACCCGCAAGCACGUGCUCAUACCAUUGUAAAGUUUGCCGAACUUGCUCAGAUCCUUAGAAAGCAGUACAACUUUAACACAAUGAUGGCCAUUGAUGGUGCUCUUCAGCAUACAACCGUCGAGCGUUUAAAACUCACGUUUACUUAUUUAAGCGAAAAGGAUAGAAAACUUUUAGAAGAUUUGCGUAAUUUUACUUCAGCCAGUCAUAAUUUUAGAAAUUACCGUGAAGUUCAGAGAUCCAGAAAUGGUUUUUGUAUUCCUUAUAUUGGUUUAUACCUAAGAGACCUUAUUUAUACUGAAGACGGGCAGGACACGUGGAUACACGGCGGCGGGUUCAUUAACGUUAAAAAACUUGAAAGCAUUUCUGCUAGUGUCAGCGAAAUUGUACGGUGCCAAGAAGUUCCGCCAACUGAUAAUUUGGUGCUCAUGCCGCAAUUAAUGGGGCUAUGCAAAAAAUUGCUAAGCCAUUCAAUAACGGAAGAUCAACUGUACGCUCUCUCGCAGAAAGUCGAGGCUAGAAGUACAGGAACUCGACACGUUAAGCAGACCAAGAAGCCUUCCGCAAAUUCAGAUGACCUCAUAUGCCAAAUUUACGAUAUGUUAGCAGAAAGAUACUUUGAUCAAACAGGUUUUGAAGCAAAAACCUACCAGAGGAUGUUGUUGGAUAUUCCGCCAGCCGAAGAAUUUCGCGGUACUAUUAUGAAUUUAGAAGACAAAGACGAUUGGCUCCAUUUUCUGAAAUGCGUAAACGAAGACUCGAAGAAAAAAUUUACGGUGAACAAAAGUAAAAAGAAGUCUCAAAAAUUGUGAGCUCGUUUCCACAAAAGCAAAGCAUACUUUUUCCAACAACCAAGCGGACAUAUUAAAAAGUGGAGACGCU